GAGUGGUUGAAGGAUGCUGCCUGGGGCUGCUACUUCCCACCAGGACUUCACCCACGUGAUGAGGCCGGUGGCCGCUUCCGGGCAGACAAGGCUUGGACGGCGAUGCUGAGUCCUUACAUCCGCUUCGGGGACCUUUCUGCCAGAUAUGUGGAGUGGCGCACAUGCCAGGUCCUUUCGCAGGAGUUGCGGCAGCUGUUCUUGAAGCGCGUGGUGUGGCGAGACAAGGCCUACUCUCAGCUCUACCGCUGUCCGGAUUCUCAUUCG